AUGACACAGAAAGAUAAACGUCCUAAUUUUUUAAUCAUAGUCGCAGAUGACUUAGGCUUUACUGAUUUAGGGUCAUUCGGUAGUGAGAUCAAAACCCCGAACUUGGAUCGAUUGAGUCUUGGGUGGAACAAAAAUGGUACAGGAGCUAGAUUUACUGAUUUCCACACGGCUCCAGCUUGUUCUCCAACUAGAUCAAUGUUGUUUUCAGGUACAGAUAAUCACAUUGCUGGUGUUGGACAGAUGGCUGAAUUUAUAAGAGGUAAUCCCUUGGUAUUUGAAAAAUUAAAUGGUAAACCAGGCUAUGAGGGUUAUUUAAAUGACCGAGUAGCUCCAUUACCAGAGAUUUUGAAGGACAACGGGUACUAUACUUGGAUCACUGGCAAAUGGCAUUUGGGUUUAUUAAAGGACCAGUGGCCAAUUCAAAGAGGUUUCGAAAAAUCCUACACUUUACUUCCGGGAGCAGGUAGUCACUUCAAAUACUUUCCUAAUUUGAACGAAAAAAAUACAUUUUUGCCAGCUUUGUUUUGUGAGGAUGACAGAGAGGUGGAUCCUGAGAAAGAGAUUCCAGAGGAUUUUUACUCAACAAACUUUUAUACGGACAAAGGAAUUAGCUAUAUAAGCGAUGAUGAAGUGAGAGGUGAUAGACCUUUCUUUGGAUGUUUGACCUAUACAGCUCCACAUUGGCCUUUCCAAGCUCCAGCAUCUAGAGUUGAGAAAUACCGUGGAAAAUACAAUAAGGGCCCUGAGGAGUUAAGAAAUUCGAGGUUAGCUGAAGCUUUUAGAAAAGAAAUUAUACCUGAAGGCGUUGAUCCUCACAAAAUGACUACUCACAAGACUAAGAGAUGGCAAGAGCUAAAUGAUGAUGAACGUAAGUAUGAAGAAAGAAUAAUGGAAACAUAUGCUGCCAUGGUAGAAAUCUUGGAUGAAAAUAUUGGCAGAGUAAUCAGACUGCUAGAAGAAAGGGACGAGUUGGAGCACACAUUCAUAUUAUUCAUGUCUGAUAACGGUGCUGAUGGAAUGAUACAUGAGGCAUUGCCGUUGGGUGCAACUAACGUUAUUCAAUCAAUAAAGAAUAAUUACAACAAUUCCUAUGAGAAUAUUGGAAAAAAAGAUUCUUUUGUCUAUUACAAUGACCAAUGGGCGCAAGCGGCCACUGCUCCAUGGUUUAAGUUUAAGGCUUGGGCCUCCGAAGGCGGUAUACGCUGUCCUUUAAUUGUUCAUUAUCCUCCUCUUUUGCAACCUUUGACAGAUGGCAAUAACCGAAUCCAUAACACGUUUAUUACCGUUAUGGAUAUUCUUCCCACUGUAUUGGAAUUGGCACAUGUCAAACAUCCUGGAGAGCUCUAUAAAUCAAGGCGUGUGGUAAAGCCUAAAGGAGCUUCCUGGGUUAGCUAUUUACGUGGAGACUCCCAGGAGGUGCACGAUGAGAAUACAGUUACCGGUUGGGAGCUUUUCGGUCAGCAAGCUAUUAGAAAGGGAAACUACAAGGCUCUUUUCGUACCUAAGCCUUUCGGAGCUGGUAAAUGGGAGCUAUUCAACAUUAGGACGGACCCGGGUGAAACCAAGAACGUUGCCGCAGAGUAUGGCGAAGUACUUGAGGACUUGUUGCAUCACUGGACAAACUAUGUAGCUGAAACCGGAAUGAUAGAGAUAGGUCCUGAGUACGAUACACUUUUAGGAAAUGGAACUCCUAUUCCUAAACUUGAGUAUCGCGAUUGUUUCUAA